AAGCAUGGUCAAAAUUUUGCUUUCUGUCGCCUUUCUUCUACUCUCCGUGAGAUACAUCUGUCCGCAGAUUCCUGAACAAUCCGGCUCCGAACUACCGGUUCUCGGACUUCUGGGUGCUGUGGGGUUUAUCGCCAGCGUACCAUCUGCAGCUCUUUCAGUUGGAGUACAAAGACUAAGAUCAGAAAUAAGGGAAUGUGAAAAUGAAAAGGAAAAGCUGGGGUCAGAAGUUUGCAGUAUGGCCUUGGCUCAAAAACGGUCAGAACUGGAGGAAGCAAAGGCGGAUCUAGAGGAAUGCAGGGGUGGUUAUGACAAUUUUUAUGAGUUCCUCGAUAAUUUGUGUGACGUAUAUAGAUUCAAGGAGUGUGAUUGUUCCUCGAUAACCUCUGAAGCUGAUUGUAACAGUACAGGGUAUUGUGAAUGGGGAGACUGUCAGUCCUGCGGCUGAGGGAGGUGUUAUAGUAUAGAAUACAAACACAUCUCAUAUGUUGUAUGCUGCUUAAAUGAAGUAAGAUGCAGAAUGCAAUUCAAUGCGUAUAUAUAGUUACACGUACUUUAACAUAUAAUAAAGCCUGCAGAUACACCAAACAUACAAUAAUUUAAUUUCCAACAAUUUUGUACAUGAUGAAGUGAUAGUUUGCAUGAACAAAGACGUGUUAUUGUUGGAUUGCUUUGUUUUGUUCUGUUUAUUGGCUUUUGUUUUGUUUUAUCUUAUUUAAUGUGUUUGUAUAUUGAUAUUUUCCGGGAUUUUCUUUAAAGGGGAAGGGGGUCAUUACUUAAAAUUUUAAAGAAAUGUAAUGUGGUUAAAUUCGUUUCUUUAGAUAUAUAUGCAUGGACAAUUUUCUCUAACUCUUCAGAAUGAAAUUUAACUUUAAAAGGUUUGAUAUAUUGAUUUUUAAAAAUGUUUCAUGAUAAUAACUGAAUGUUCAAUGUUGCGUUAAUUCUGUCCUUUUUUAUGCACCUUAUCCACAUUAAAAUGGACCUGUGAA